CUUCACUUUAGGCUUGGCUUGGGCUUGACCUAGUACUCCUACAUAUGCAUAUACUGAACAGCAAACAUGUCACGAGUCCCAGAAAAAAGUGUUCGCGUGAGCUUCACCGCAGACGAGGACACCCUCCUCAUGAAAUACAUUGCAACAUAUAAUCCUGCUAAGAAAUGCAGAAGCGGAAAUGCCCUGUACAAGCGUCUUGAGGAAAACGUCGACAACAAAUGGAACUGGUCCAAGACACACUCUUGGCAAUCCUGGCAAUUCAGAUACAGGAAAAAUAUGGAUGAAUUUGAUAGGAGGAUAUUGAAGUAUCAGAAGAAGAAAGGAAUCAAACCGGAGAAGCAACUGGGGACGGAGCCUCAGUUGCCGCCUUCUGAUGAAGAAGAAGCUGCGAGGGACUGUUCGAAAGAGACCAGCAAAGGAAAAAGGCCGGCUGGCGGCCAAGACAGUCCUGAGAAGCGGAAAGUAAAGCGAGCGAAACUGGAAAGAGACCAGCCAGAUGCUGGGAGUAGUCGCUCCCCCUUGAUGAAGACCAAUGGGACACGCCAAAUUCCCGCUGGUGGACAAAGUGACCAAGCUCGUAGUUCUCACCCUCAUCAGGGGCCAUUAGAAACUAUGUCUGACGUGCCUCCACCUUCCCCGAAACCAGCGAGCACGUUCAAUAUUCCUUCGCUCCCUUCUCGCUCAGAUACCCUGCCAGUCCCGUCGUCCCUACCCAAUUCUCCUGUCAGGACCCUGCCACCAAACUCGUCCCAGCUUCCACCAAGUUCUCAGCCUUUUGCAUCAUCUUCACAGCAGGUAGUCACCCCAAAGCCGCCAUCAGGGCCCAAACGAGUCUUGAAGCGCAAACGAAAAUUCUCCCCAAAGUGGUAGAAGGGCACUUUACAACGUCACUCACUGAUCGGCUAGGUCAUGUGCGACUAGGUGGUCGUUCUGAGGAGAAACAGGCAGUGGCUUGGCCUCCCGUUCGGGGCAAGAAGGAUAGAGAGAAGGAGGUAGCACAAGAACCAACCGCGUUAACUUCUUCAACGGCUCAGGAACGUGAACGCCAUCCCGUCAAUGGAUCCGAGUCUCAGACAUCACAACCGGCUGUAGUGC